ACACUAUAUUGCCCAAAGUAUUGGGACACCCCUCCAAAUCAUUGGAUUCAGGUGUUUUAUCACCUCCAUGGCCACCUAGGCAAGCAGACUGCUUCUACAAACAUUUGUGAAAGAAUGGGUCGCUCUCAGGAGCUCAGUGAAUUCAAGCGUGGUACUGUGAUAGGUUGUCACCUGUGCAAUAAGUCCAUCCGUGACAUUUCCUUGCUACUAAAUAUUCCACGGUCAACUGUUAGUGGGAUUAUAAUAAAGUGGAAGCAACUGGGAACAACAGCAACUCAGCCACGAAGUGGUAGGCCACAUAAAAUGACAGAGCGGGUGUCAGUGCAUGCUGAAGCACACAUUGCACAGAAGUCGCCCACUAUCUGCAGAGUCAAU